AUGUUCUCAGAAGCUGAUGUUAGGAACUUGUGUCGUCAGUUGUUUCAGGGUCUUGCUUAUAUGCGCAAGAAAAGGAUAUUUUUCCGUGACCUGAAGCCAGAGAACUUGUUAGUUACUGAUGACAUUGUUAAGAUUGCUGAUUUUGGUCUUGCGAGAGAAAUCUAUUUGAUGCCACCAUACACACAAUAUGUCUCCACACGCGCCUGA